AUGAAGCUUCUGCUGCUGAGUCUCGGACUGGCCCUGGUCUGUGGCCUCCAUGCUCAUCAUAUCUGCUCUCAGGAGCACCAACCAGAUCUCUCAGGAACCUGGUAUACUAUUGCACUGGCCUCAAAUGUUACAGCAAAGAUUGAGGAAGGAGGUCCCUUGAGGAUUUUUGUCCAAAAACUCAUUAUGGAGAAUGGUAACCUGCAUGCAGUCUUCUUCAAAAGAGAAAAUGGAAAAUGCACUCAGUUUUCUGUGUCUGCUAACCCAGCAAAGAAAGAUGGCCAGAUGAAGGUGGAAUAUUCAGGAAGUAAUGAUCUCUACCUUCAAAGUUUCAAGGAGGAUGAAUAUGUCAUUUUUAUCUUGUAUAACUACAACAACAAGGAAGCGACACUUUGGGGAGUACUCUUUGGUCGUACUCCAGACCUGAAUGAUGAUAUAAAGGAGAAAUUUGAGAAAAUUUGUAUAAAUGCAGGACUUAAGAGAGAAAAUAUUUUAGAUGUAUCUGAAGCUGAUCAGUGCCAGGAGCUUGAACAGUAA